UCUUCGACAGCGAGCUGAAAAUCUGCCACCUUUCGCCAGAAUGUCUCCUAAGAUUUAACCCCUUUCAUUCCAUAAUAAAAGAAAAAUAUCUACACAAGGACAAGGAGAGUGUCUGCCGAACAAUGGCGACCCGAAGUUUAACGGAAAUCUUCAUUUUGAUGCGGAACAACGCCAGUCAAAGUCGGCACAUCUUUUCCGAGAAUGUUCCAGACGACAGAAUGGCAUUGGUUUCCGGUCUGUCUAAUGAUCCAGAUGCUGUCAUUGGUGCUACCAAGAUAUCAAUCCCUCCUGAAUGGGUUGAUGCAGUUGAAGAAAUUUCAUAUGAUACGACAAGAAUACAGCAGAAAGUUAAAGAGUUGGGCUUACUUCAUGACAAGCAUCUGACGAGACCAACGUUAGAUGACAGUAUGGAGGAGGAGCAUGCCAUUGAGAUUGCAACACAAGAAAUUACACAGAUGUUCCACAGAUGUCAAAGGGCCAUUCAGGCGAUUGGAGGGAAGAGCAGGUACGCCUCAGGACAGGAGCAGAAGGUCACUAAGAACAUCAUGUCUUCGUUAGCGGGGAGGUUACAAGAGCUCUCCAUCAACUUCAGAAAAUCCCAGUCAAACUAUCUAAAACGAAUGAAGAGUCGAGAAGAAAGAUCAAAGCAUUUCUUUGAUACGAAUCUUUCUCCGGGCAGUGCAAUCAUGACAGAAGAGGACAUCAUAGAAGAUGACUUGCUUUACGACAGGGGUUUUACAGAUACACAGAUGCAGAUGGUGGAAGACAACAACACAGUGGUUGAACAACGAGAGAAAGAAAUCACACACAUCGUUCAAUCCAUCGUUGACCUGAACGAGAUUUUCCGAGAUUUAGCAUCUAUGGUGGUAGAGCAGGGUACAGUUCUUGACAGAAUAGAUUACAACGUUGACAAAACAGCAACGAAGGUCGAGCAAGGUCUAAAACAACUCCAAAAGGCGGAGAAGUACCAGAAGAAGAAUCGCAAGAUGUUCAUCAUCAUGAUCUUGUCGGUGAUUCUAAUCGUUCUCAUCAUCAUCCUCAUUGCCACCAAGUUCAGAUGAUAUUUGCUUUCCCACCUACCAUCGUCAAAAAACCAUGGAGGACAAGAAAUACGUCUUGCCAUUAUAAACUCUGUGUAGAAAAGCACAACUUCCAACCUUGAUAUGAUGAUGAUGUUUAAAAGUGAUGAACAAUGCUGCAAAGGUGCCCCAAAUAUCUGGACAUGUUUACUGUCAAUGACUAUCAAUGGCUGUCAAUAACUUUCAGUGCUGACAUCAAAAUAUUGACAUCAAAACAUUGAAUGCUAGCAAUCUUCUAAAUUUAUUUGAGAUGUGCUAAUGUCAUCCCUGCUUGUAUCGUCGUCCAGAGUAUUCCCUCAUUUUUCUGACCUUGGUGAACGUACCACCGUUUCUUGCAGUACACUGCCACAAAGUAUCACAAAGUAUCAUACUAUCCUGGAGGCAAGCAUUGGGUGCAUGCGAAUCUUGUAUACUGUGGACUUGGUCUCCACCGUCUCCUGUGGUAUUUUGUGGCAUGAGGUAGUUGGGUAGGAGAGUAGGCAGAAAGUACUAAUAAAAUGACUUCAGUGGUAAAUCUCUAGUACUUUGCCGCCCUUCUUGGUGUCAUGAUGCUUCUGGUCGCUUUGUAUCUGACCAUGAUAGUGUCACCAUGAUAACCUGUAUGCCAUGAUUCCAAUGGUUUGAUCAUGUACAAUAAAGUAGGAGGGAACCAGGCAGUGUAGCAGAAAGCACUGGAUACACCAGAUGAGCUCCAAACAACAACAAUAGAGGGCGCUGUGCUUUUAUGUUUAAACACGUCAGUCAGCAUUGCAAAAAAAAAAACAUACGGACACAGCUCUGUGUUGCAGUUACUCUCUGGACAUUCCAGUGUUCUGAACACUUAGGGAAAAAUCUCAUUUUUAAAACUGAAAAAACACUGUUUGGACAUGUGUAGGUCCACAUAGUGUUUGAAGGCCCUUUGUAUUGUGGACCUCUUUCGUGCUCAAGUCAACACUUCGAAUGUAGCGUUUAAAACACACGGUCUUGUGAUAUUGCUAGUCGUCAGUCAUCCAGAUGCUUGCAACGCAACUCCUUAAAUGACGUGCAUUGAUGAGGGACGAAUCCACUCUUCUGUUGGAGAAUCAGUUGCGACGGAGACAGGUAUGUUCACCUCCAGCUCAUCAUUAUGCAUGGCUCACCUCUCAUGCUCUGUCACCACUCAUCUAAGAACCGGUAAUGCGGGAAACACUAAA